AUGCCAGGAGAAAUUCCCAUCCCUGACACUCUAACUGGGUUCCCCCCAGACAACAUCAAGAUCAAUGUGAGCCUGAGAAGAAGAAAUGACACAUCAACCACAGACUUCAUUUUCCAUGGACUAUUUCCUGAUAGGGGAAAUAUCAUCUUCCUUAUUUACUUCAUUCUUUUGAGCUACAUCACUGCUCUCUUUGGAAACACCACCUUGAUCCUACUAAUUUGGGUAGAUUCUCGACUGCACACACCUAUGUACUUACUUCUCAGCCAACUUUCUGUCAUGGACUUAGUUGUCACCACCACCAGCAUUCCAAAGUUGAUCACUGACUUCUGGGUGGACAGGAAAAUUAUCUCACAGGUGGGCUGUGGAAUACAGAUGCUACUGUAUGUGACUAUAGCAGGCUCUGAAUGUAUCCUCUUGACUCUGAUGUCCUAUGAUCGAUAUGUUGCUGUCUGCAACCCACUAAGGUAUUCAGUGAUCAUGACCCCCAGAGUGUGCCUACAAAUGGCUGUUUCCUCCUGGACGGUGGGAUUUCUCAAUUCCUUAGUCCACACAGGAUAUGUGAUGCAUUUACCCAUCUGUGACUCCAGAGAGAUUGAACACUACUUCUGUGAACUCCUAGCUAUCCUGCAGCUCUCCUGUGAUGACACUUCUGUGUAUGAAAUGAUUUUGUUUGUCACAGGAAUAGUGUUCUUCCUCAUUCCCUUUGGACUUAUUCUGGCCUCCUACAGCCUCAUUUUCUUGACUGUCUUCCGUAUGAAAUCUAAGAAGGGGAAGAAAAAGGCUCUGGCUACCUGCUCCUCCCAUCUCACAGUGGUAAGUCUCUAUUUAGGUUCAGGCAUCUUUAUUCUCAUGGUGCCUCCGGCCAUGUACUCAGCAAAGCCAAGCCAGGCUGUCUCCUUGUUCUACAACAUUCUCACCCCAAUGUCAAACCCCAUCAUUUACAGUUUGAGGAACAAGGAAGUGGUGGGGGCUCUAAGGAAAGUACUGGGAAUACUUUUCCAGAUAAAAGACAGAAGAUAUUAG